CUUUUCUUCUUCGAGCUUAGCAACCAAAAAGAAAACGGGGCGGCGCAGAACUCAGAAGUAGUUAUAGCGAGCAGCGAGUGAUUUAUAGGAUUUGGGAAGAAAUUAUGGAAGUGAGGGAUCUACUUAAGGACAAAAAGUUCUGGUUCGCCUCCCUCCUCAUUGCCUGGGCUGCCUCUCUCCAGGGGCACAUGAUGUGGAUGCAGAAACAGGACUCGUUCAAGCAAAAGUUCGGGAAUCUCAAAGAGGACAGUGAUAAUGAUGGUGGUGGUUAAUAAGAUUUAUUCAAUGGUUACUCUUUCAACAGCAGACGAAUGAAGGUUUGGAAGGUAGCAACACUUUCCAUCACAUGGGCUAUUUGGCUAGAAAGGAAUGGCAGUAUUUUUGAGGAUUUAGAUGGGGAUGUUAAUGCAGUGUGGGAUAUAAUUAAAUUUAAUGUGGCAUUGUAGUUAUCUCAAGUUAAAGGCUUUAAGUCUCUUUUUCAAAUUUACUUAGAGGAUGGGAUAUAGUCCUUCAUUAGCUAUUUCCUUCUUUGGUGGAUUCCUUGUCCCCUAUUGUGCUUUUCUUUCCAUUAUUCAUUAAUAAUAUUCUCUCGUUUCUUAUUAAAAAAAAAGAUACUGAUUCUGUGGCAAUUUCACAUUCUAAGCAAGCUUACACACACGCGUUGUACUUUUC